CCACCACCAUCCUCCCUCCUUAUAUUAUUAUUGCCCCUUCCUCUCCUUUCUUCUUCCCCUCUUACCUUUUCAGAGAGAGAAACAAUAUUUCUAAUCUAUUACAAGUAACAUGAUCGGCCAACUUAUGAACCUCAAGGCCACGGAGCUCUGUCUCGGCCUCCCCGGCGGCGCUGAAGCAGUUGAGAGUCCUGCCAAAUCGGCGGUGGGAAGCAAGAGAGGCUUCUCCGAAACCGUUGAUCUCAUGCUCAAUCUUCAAUCUAACAAAGAAGGCUCCGUUGAUCUCAAAAACGUUUCUGCUGUUCCCAAGGAGAAGACUACCCUUAAAGAUCCUUCUAAGCCUCCUGCUAAAGCACAAGUGGUGGGAUGGCCACCUGUGAGGAACUACAGGAAGAACAUGAUGACUCAGCAGAAGACCAGUAGUGGUGCGGAGGAGGCCAGCAGUGAGAAGGCCGGGAACUUUGGUGGAGGAGCAGCCGGAGCCGGCUUGGUGAAGGUCUCCAUGGACGGUGCUCCAUAUCUGAGGAAAGUUGACCUCAAGAUGUACAAAAGCUACCAGGAUCUUUCUGAUGCAUUGGCCAAAAUGUUCAGCUCCUUUACUAUGGGUACGUAUUAGAAAUUUCAAAUCGGAAAGUGUGAAAAAACUAUAUUCGUAUAUUAAAGUAUAUCAUUUACUACAUUUAUUCAUACAAAACUCAUGAACCUUACCGAGUUAGAGUCAUAGAACUAUACAUUCGAACCCUAUACAUAUUAACAAGAUGAGAUUUUGCUAAAUGUAUACAACUUAAAUAUGUAUUAUAUAUAUUACACAAUAAUGACACAUAAAUUUAUAUGAUUUUUGAAUGUCUUGAAUAUCUUCAAGGAAACUAUGGAGCACAAGGAAUGAUAGAUUUCAUGAACGAGAGCAAGCUAAUGAAUCUGCUGAAUAGCUCUGAGUAUGUGCCAAGCUACGAGGACAAAGAUGGUGACUGGAUGCUCGUUGGCGAUGUCCCAUGGGAAAUGUUUGUCGAGUCUUGCAAACGUUUGCGCAUUAUGAAGGGAUCUGAAGCAGUUGGACUUGCUCCGAGAGCAAUGGAGAAGUACUGCAAGAACAGAUCUUGAAUUAAUAAUAAAAAAAAAGAAGCAUCAAUGAUCAACAAUAUGACGGGUUCUUGAUUUUAUAUGUAUUUUUAUGAUUGUAUGUGGCUAUCACCUAUAUAUGUGUGUUGUAAUUUUAAAUACUUGAUGGGUAUAUAGGGCAGUAUUUUACCAGUAAGAUGUGGACAAACUUGUAAUGUGACCAAAAGAGAGGAAACUUCAAUAUCUCUGUGUUUGUGUCAUAUUUAUUGCCCAACAUGUGUCUGUCGGUUUGAUGAUCAAUCACAACUUGAUAUGUGCAUACAUAUAAAUGUGUGUAUGUAGGUGUGUGUACAUGUACAUGUGUUUUGAUCCCUACUCUGCUACUUGUCGUUUCUUGUGUGUGUUAUCUAAUAGUUUUUUCCCAAAAUGAAUAAUUCGUUGUUAUGUUUACUAUUUUACCAAUAAAAUCUUAGCUUUUUAAUUCUAC